CUUUCCCUGAAGAGUUUGGCCUUUAAUGUGUUAACCAUGCCAGACAACGAAAGUGGUCUUAGUUGUCUCCAAUCAGCCUGCGUAAAAGGAGACACCGAGACAGUCUACGCUAUCUUGAAUAACAGUCCAGAUAAACUCGACAGUGCUAUAGCUUUGAGUCUCAAAACUGGUGAGAACGUAUCCCGUUUUAAUAGUCAGUCAAUUUUGACUGGCUUGGGUGCACUCGAUUCUGAAAACCACAAGCAGAUAAGCAAUCUUGUUGAAAAAGUCGCAAAGGAUUUUCAAUCUCAACCCCUUCUACAUAUAGCUGCAAAAAAGGGAAACAUUGAGCAUAUCCGAAGGCUGUUAGACUUUGGAGAGUUCGUGGACUGUGCGCCACCGGACAAGUCCGGCGAAACUCCGCUUAUGUGGGCAGCCAGGUACAAUGUUGAGGAAAUUGUUCAAUUUUUGGUCGAAAAAGGCGCUUCUCUCGAGAUCCAAGAUGGCAAUGGUUACACGCCAUUGCACCAUGCUGCGAUGGGUGGCAAAGAAGCUAACAUUUUACGCUUAAUUAAACUUGGAGCAGAUAUAUUGAAAGAGAGUUAUAGGCACUAUUCUCCGGUUCACUUGGCCUGUAUUGAUGGUCACAAAGAAGCCGUUCGUCUUCUUCUAGGCCAUGGAGCAGAAGCAUCAAGAGAAGGGGGUUUUAUGGUUGGCUCUCCUUUCACCUCAGCUGCACACAACGGUCACCUUGAAAUCGUUCAGCUACUAGUAGAAAGUGGAGUUCCUGUGAAUAAGCGCUCAGUCGUGGGUUGGUCGGCUCUACAUGAGGCUGUUGCAGGAGGCCAUAUUCAUGUUGUGAAAUAUCUGCUUGAGAAAGGUGCAGAUAUUCAAGCCAUUACCACAUACACCCGAAAGGGCAAAGAAUAUCACCAAUCUGUUCUCCACUUGGCCACUAGUCUGGAAAUGUUCCGUUUACUGAUUGAAUACGGUGCUGACAUUAAUGCGCUAGAAGACUUUCAGUACCCAACUCUUCAUGUAGCAGCAAAAUUGGGCCAUAAUGACAUUGUAGACUAUCUUUUAAAUCAGGGUGUCAAUGUCAACUUACGCACUGAUCACUCUAGAUUGUCAGCUUUGACUUGUGCCAUUAAAGGGGACCAAGAUGCCACUGUUAAACAUUUGAUUGAGAGAGGUUGCUCUGUCGACUAUUGUGAUUCAUGUUUAUCGACAUUAUCAGUCGGAAAAGGCUUUAUAGCUGUUUUCGAACUUCUUCUAAAUAGAGGAAUAUCUGUGGAUACAAUGGAUAAAAAUGGAAAAACACCUCUUAUUGCCGCAGCUGAGGCUGGGCAGGCCGACAUGGUUGAAUUUCUCCUAGAUCGAGGAGCCAGCAUUAAUGGUACUCGUGACGAAUUUAAAAAACUUAAUGAUGAGGGGUAUGCAAGUCAGGAUAAACACAAAUCAAGUUUCCCUUUAUACCAUGCAUUGAAGGCAGGUCACAUUGAAGUUGCUCAG